GGGAACGCAAAUGUCAUUUAUAAAGAGCAAUAGCGCAAUAUUGAACAAUACAUUUGACUCAAAUGCAUACCUGACAGACGUAGCUAAGCCGUUUGUUGCGGUCAACCGUAGGGGUCUUGGAAAUGCAUUAAGUUUGUCGCCCUGUGUGUAGUUGAAUCCCUGCUCUAAGGCUCAACGUUGGCUAGAGCUAUGUGGCGAUUGGGGAGGGGUGGCAUUACAAGAGCACGAUUGUUUUCCCUCUUCCACUGUGGAGUUUAGGACUGAGAGAGGACGACGUAGCACACUAGCUAGUCAGUAGGAGUAGCUGAUUCAACCCUGAACUGUGCAUGAGGAGGGACAUAGGAGUGGUCUGGAAUAUAAACAUAACUAACCCUGACCAAUGUACACAAAGGGGCAGCAGCAGUAGUAGGUUGGAUGCGGGUUGUGUGUGCGGUGCUGUGCCUUGGCCUUGUAGGGGCGCUGCAGCGGGACCAGGUAGCUCAACAUGCCAUCAAGCUGCAUCGGGGCAGGAGUGCUGUGGCCAAGCACGCUUGGAGCUGGGUGUCUGAUAACUGCCGGCGCCUGGGCAGCCUCAUCCGACAGAAGAACACUGCCAUUAAGAAGCUAGCUGUGGCUGCAGCCGCUGUGGGGCGAGACCACUCCCUCUCAGAUCCAGAGAGACUCUUCCAGGUUCACACUCUGGAGGUGUUCCAGAAGGAGCUGAAUGAGAGCGAACGCUCAGUCUUCCAGGCGGUGGUGGGCCUGCAGAGGGCGCUGCAGGGAGACUACAGGGACGUGGUCAACAUGAAGGAGAGCAGCCGUCAGAGACUGGAGGCUCUCAGAGAAGCAGCCAUUAAGGAGGAACAGGAGUAUGUAGAGCUGGUAGCAGCAGAGAAGCACCAGGUGGAGGCUGUGAAGAGUGCCCUGGCCCAGAACAAGACCCUGUCCAUGCUGGAUGAGAUCCUCGAGGACGUCAGGAGAGCUGCUGACCGCCUGGAGGAGGAGAUAGAGGACCACGCCUUCGACAACAAUAAACAGAUGAAUGGCGUGCACGUAGCCAACGUGGAGGCAGUGCUGAGAGUGGAGGAGGAGGAGGAAGACGGAGGGAAAAGAAGAAGGAACGCGUCAAGGAGAGGUGGAGAGGUGGAGGACGACGUGGGACUGAGCAUGCUCAUCGACUCCCAGAACAACCAGUAUGUUCUGACCAAGCCCAGAGACUCCACCAUGCCCCGCUCCGAUCAACACUUCAUCAAGGACCUGGUCUCCGUAGUGAUGCUCUCUCUGCCAUGUGGUUGGCUGUGCACUAUGAUGGGCCUGCCCCCCAUGUUUGGUUACAUCAUCUGUGGAGUCCUCCUGGGUCCCUCUGGACUCAACAGCAUCAAGUCUAUGGUUCAGGUUGAGACGUUGGGAGAGUUGGGAGUGUUCUUCACUCUCUUCGUGGUCGGUCUGGAGUUCUCCCCAGAGCGACUUCGGAAGGUGUGGAAGACCUCUGUGCAGGGUUCAUGUUACCUCAGUCUGUUGAUGGUAGCUACAGGGCUGCUGUGGGGUCAGGUGCUGCAUGUCCGUCCCACCCAGACUGUCUUCAUCUCCUCCUGUCUCUCUCUAUCCUCCACACCACUGGUCUCACGCUUCCUGGCUGGGGGAGCCCGCCCAGACAAGGAUGGUGAGCUGGACUACAGCAGUGUUCUCCUGGGGAUGUUGGUGAUGCAGGAUGUUCAGCUGGGGCUGUUCAUAGCCGUCAUGCCCACCCUCAUACAGGUGUCAUCUGGCCACCUGGACAGUGUUCUGUUUGGGGGUCUGCGCGUCCUCCUGCUCCUGUCCCAGGUCCUGUUCUCUCUGGCUGUGGUACUACUGCUGUGUGUUCUCCUCAAGUCCUUCCUGAUUGGUCCAUACUACAGGAAGCUCCAUGCUGAGUCUAAAGGCAGCAAGGAGAUCCUGGUUCUGGGAACCGCUGCCUUCGUAUUCCUCAUGCUCACCGUGACGGAGUUCCUGGACAUUUCCAUGGAGCUGGGCUGCUUCCUGGCUGGAGCGCUUCUCUCCUCGCAGGGUCAGAUUUGCACCACGGAGGUCAUGGGCUGCAUCGAACCAAUCAGAGACUUCCUCGCCAUCAUCUUCUUCGCCUCCAUUGGUUUCCAUGUCUUUCCUACCUUUGUCCUGUACGAACUGACAGUCCUGGUGGUGCUGACUCUCUCACUGGUCAUCAUGAAGUUCCUGAUGGCGGUGCUGGUGCUGUCGGCCAUCUUGCCUAAGGGUUCUCGCCACAUCCGUUGGAUAGUGUCUGCCGGCCUGGCGCAGGUCAGCGAGUUCUCCUUCGUUUUGGGGAGCCGCGCCCGCCGAGCUGGCAUCAUCUCCAGAGAGGUGUACCUGCUGGUUCUCAGUGUCACCACUCUGUCCUCUUCUUCCCCAGGUGUACCUGCUGGUUCUCAGUGUCACCACUCUGUCCUCUUCUUCCCCAGGUGUACCUGCUGGUUCUGUGUCACCACUCUGUCCUCUUCUUCCCCAGGUGUACCAGCUGGUUCUCAGUGUCACCACUCUGUCCUCUUCUUCCCCAGGUGUACCUGCUGGUUCUCAGUGUCACCACUCUGUCCUCUUCUUCCCCAGGUGUACCUGCUGGUUCUCAGUGUCACCACUCUGUCCUCUUCUUCCCCAGGUGUACCUGCUGGUUCUCAGUGUCACCACUCUGUCCUCUUCUUCCCCAGGUGUACCUGCUGGUUCUCAGUGUCACCACUCUGUCCUCUUCUUCCCCAGGUGUACCUGCUGGUUCUCAGUGUCACCACUCUGAGUCUUCUGCUGGCUCCGGUGUUGUGGAGAGCCGCCACACACAAGUGGGUCCCUCGAGCCGAACGCAAGACACUCGCCCGCCCGCCCCCGCUGCUGCCACACCCAGCAGACUGAAGCCCAUAGGGGCCCUGCAAAAGGGCCAAAGGAUCAAAGGUCAUUCUCCCUCUUUCCAUGGAGAAAAUAGUAAUGACCCAUUAUCUUUGGGUCAUUGGUUGCAUCCAAAAUGGCACCCUGUUCCCUACAUAGAGCUCUGAUCUAAAGUAGUGCACUAUAUAACGAAUAGGGUGCCAUUUGAGAUGCGAUCAUUGUAGAAUGGUUUCCAUGUACUCAUUGUUGUCUUGACUGUUAUUCCUCCACUCACGUCCUACAGUAGUUAUGGAGGGAUCCCUGAUGAGAAUACCGUUUUGGUUUGUGACGUCACAUUGUUGGUGAUGACAUAUUCCCUUCAAGGGAAUAUUAUUAGUCUGGGGUUGCAUAAAGAUCAGUUUCAUCAGGACCAAACCUGGGAGAAAGACAUAGGCCAAGGUUAACAGUUCAACUUUCCAUUUAGUACGUUUGAAUGUCAAGCUGAUACUGUAAAGUCUCAGUGUUCUAACCAAACACGGACAUAUAGAAACUGUAUGUAUGGGUUGUUUAUGUCACGGCUUUACAUGUAUGUAUGCGUUAUUGCACUCCUAUGGCAUCUAAUGCUCUAAAAUGUUUAUUUUUCUUAUGUUUCAGUGACUGUUUUAUAUGAUAAUGGCUCGAUGAUCUUAUUCUGUUUGUAUGGUGUACUGUACUGUACUGUAGCCUGCCUGGAGGAAAACUACUACAACUAGAAGACUUCCUGCUAAUACAUCAUGUAAGGGAGAAAUAAAGAUAUUGUAUUUAUUAGGCCAGUUAUAGUUAGAUUAUGUAUAAACGUUACAAUGGAAAUAAGGGGGUCAUUCCAAGAACAAUAAAUUCCCAUUUUACAUUGUGUUAAGUUGGAGUUUGUUUAAUAUUCAACAAAAUACAAAAUGUUGUACAUUAUGUCAUUCAAAAAUGUUGGAAUAUGCACUUAUUUAUUAAAAGAUUGGUUUAUUGGUU